AUGCCCCCGGCAAUUCCCCCUCCAUUGGCUGCCUACAUCCAGUCCUCCGUCUCCCGGGCCAGCAGCCCGCACAGUCAAACCCUCAUCACCUCGGUUCUCAGCACGCCUUCGCCCUGGCUGGUCCUGCGGCUCAUCUAUGCGGCCUUGCAUGGCGUGGGCGUGGAGGACGACCUCCAAAACAUCAAGGUGGAUGACGCGGGGAGACCUGAAAGAACGGCGUCCACCGCAUCAGCCGUGCCGCCGCCACCGGUGGUUGUGUUUGCGAGUUUUCUACGGCCGUUGAGUCUGUGGAUUGAGCUGGGGAAGAAGAUUGGUCUUGAUAUCCAGUCGCUGCUCCAGGCUAAGAGAAUCGUCUAUGUGGAUGGGCUGACGCACGGAUCCCCGCCUCCUAUAUCGAUGUCAGGAGGCCGUGGAGGAGACCCGGCUCUCUCACCGACGACGACGAGGCUGAAGUCACUGGCACUGAACGACGUGCAGGACGCUCUGAACUCGGCAUUAAAGAGCAUCUCUACGGCUACAUCUACCCUGGCAUCGUCGAUAUCGAGUUCAUCAUCAUCAGGCACGCCGACACCACGGAUGCCCUCCUUGGCAUCAGACCCUCUAACUCGAGCCCCUGAAGCCGCAAAGCCCUUCAUUUUCCUGGACGGCAUCGACUUUCUCGUCGCCUGCCAGCCUUUCCUUUCGACUGUAUCCGUGCAGGCGUUCCUGUCCACUCUGCGUACCCAGUCUCAUGCACUGUUACUUACCUGCAGCGCCGAUGCUCCGUUGCUGCACGUAGCUACGUCCCCAAACGAGGGAGGAGGGAUGCCCUUGGAGCGUAAUCAUGCACAUCUCCUGACGGCCAUGGCGCACCAAAGUCGCUGGGUGUUUCAGCUCAGAGGACUGGACACGGGCAGUGCGAAGGACGUCUCCGGCGUAGUCAGGGCAAGUAAGGGAGGUGGAUAUGAAAGUAAUGAGGAUGAAGUCGGGGAUCCAGGCCACACGAGAGCUGGGACCGUCGAUGAAUUGGACGAUGCAGAAUGGUUAUAUCAACUCAAAGGAGACGGGUCGGUCAGGGUUUGGAGUCGUGGCGAAUGA